GCUAAAGAAGCUGAGGGUAAAGGUGAUGGACUAAACCCUAUUGAGCAUCUGUGGGACAUCCUCAAACAGAAGGUGGAGGAUCACAGGGUCUCUAACAUCCACCGGCACCGUGAUGUCGUCAUGGAGGAGUGGAAGAGGACUCCAGCGGCAACCUGUGAAGCUCUGGUGAACUCCAUGCCCAAGAGGGUAAGGCAGUGCUGGAAAAUAAUGGUGCCACACAAAAUAUUGACACUUUGGGCCCAAUUUGCACAUUUUCACUUAGGGGUGUACUCACUGUUGUUGCCAGCGGUUUAGACAUUAAUGGCUGUGUAUUGAGUUAUUUUGAGGGACAAAUUUACACUGUUACACAAGCUGUACACUCACUACUUUACGUUGUAGCAAAGUGUCAUUUCUUCAGUGUUGUCACAUGAAAAGAUAUAAUCAAAUAUUUACAAAAAUGUGAGGGGUGUACUCACUUUUGUGAGAUACUGUAACAUUGCAUCAUCACAUGCUGCAGCAUCAGGAAGAGGAGCUGUCACAGGCCCAAUUCCUGUGUGUGGAGGUCUCCCAAACAGUAUCCCAAAGGGGCUAAGCCCAUCCUAAGCCUGUAGUAGUAUAGUGUUAUCGUGCAGCCACCAUUGGGUGGAAAGGUGUGAGGUUUUCUGUUCAAGUAGGAGUAACAACACCUCAUGUGGAACCAAGAGGUUCAAUUCUGAGUAACCUAUCAAGAGAUAUACUGAAAAAACGCAUUAGCUAAAUCUAUGAGUGAAAACCAUUCGCUAUUUUCUGGAACCUGGCUUAAUAUAGUGUAGGAAUUUGGCACAUCUGGAGCUCUCUGUUUGACUGCUGCAUUAACCGCUUGCAAAUCUUGUACAAAUCUCCAUUCAUCAGGUUGUGGGGGUUUUCUUGCUUUCGUUAAUGGAAAUAUUGGAGUGCGCACUGAUAAAUCAGGGCAGGGAACAAUGAUCCCUGCCUUCAAUAAUGAAUUGAAAUCUGGUCUAAUGUCCUCAAUAGGUUUUGAUUUAAGAGGGUAUUGAGAUUGUCUGGGCCUAAAGUCAGAUUUGGGCGUGAUCACAACUGGUGGUGCACUUCUAAUCAGGCCUACGUCAUGUUUCCCUUGGGCCCACAGCCUAAGAGGCACCUUCUUCAAUUCUGGGUGUAUCUCUUAGGGUGUAGGGCUUGUCCCAAGGUUCAGAAACAUUCCCUUGUCAUGACAAAUAACAUCCCGGUUAACCUUGCACAUUUCCUGAAAAUUUUUUUAUAAACUCCCAGUGUCGGGCUGUACCACAUGUUGGAGGUGGGUUUCUGUUCCCAAUCUGUAAUUUUCCCACUCUCACAUAAUCUGACCCACAGUCCCACGUCUUUCCACCGUUUGUUCUUUAUUUUGGCUAAUGAGACGUGGGGCGCGGAUUCUGGGACAAAAAUUGCACACAACUUCAUGUCAUUCUUUUGACUAAACAUGCACAAAAUUUGUCACAUCAAUAUAGGUACAGCUCUUCACUUUCUGGGAUAUCCAUAAACCAUUCUUUCUCAAAAUUAAAGCCUUUUCCUUCAUCCACUUGCACUGUGCAAUGAAGGGCAGAGGACAGCAUAAAAUCAACACACUUGUCCUUCAUCUUAUCAUGUGCCAACGUCAACAAACGAGCACAGGCUCUAGGCUUGUUAUGCAUGGACCAUUGAUAAACACAGAGCUCUGUUUCUCUAACAAAUGGAGUUCCCAAUGAUGAGUCAUCAGUUAUUGUUACUCCCUGAGGUGAGGACAUCAAAUUUAAGUGUAAAACACACAUUAAGUCCCUGCCCAGUAGAUUGACUGGACAUGAAGACGAAAUUAGGAAUUGGUGGGUUAAUCUUUUUCCCAUUUUCACAUUCACAAACUAGCGGUUCAGAGAAACGUUCUAAUACUGAAUGUCCUGUUACACCCAUGGAGUGCCGUGACCGUGAACUCAUUUUGGGGGAUUCUUUUAUCGCAGUGUUGAUCUACCAAAAAUGUGACACUUUGCCCAUUAACUACAAGAGAUAUACAUGGUAACUGUGUAAAAGGAGAGGCAUUAUACUUUAAAAGGUUAAGGGUCAUGACUGGUUCAGACAUUUGUGAAUUGUCAGUCUGACUAAUGUUGGAUGUGGGUGUGUGCAUGUUAGGGAUGUCACGAGAACCGAUACUUCGGUACCAAGUCGGUACCAAUAUUCUUAAAACGUGAUGGUACUUGUUUUUCUGCAGUUCCGUUGUAACAAAAGUACCGAAAGUACCGAGGUUGCGAUUUGUCCGAACCUGAAGGGGGCAGCAAAUACGCUCAAGUGUUUUAGUCGGUUUACAAGUGGUAAAGAAGAAGAACUACGCACACGGGGGGGACUACAAAAGAUUGCUAUGGCAAUCUAAGUUCAGCUCCUCCCCGACUCGUUGAGAGGAAAAAAGACAAGAGUCGAAUAUGGAAAUACUUCGCAUUCGAGGCGGAUAAAAACGGACAUAUAAUUGAUGCUCUGAAGCCGGUUUGCAAACGAUGCCAUCGUACACUUCAAACAAAGGGAGGAAACACCUCGAAUUUGGCAAAGCACCUGAAAGACAGGCACUCCGAUCUCUUCAAAGAAUUCAAGUAUCAGCCAGAGGAGGAUGUCCACCAGGAGAGUCAGGAGCAAAGUCAGCAAACAUUAACACAGCCAACCUUAAGAGAAGCUUAUAAAAGGCACAGAAAAUAUGACAAAAACUCAAACAAAGCAAGGAAACUGGAUAGGGCAGUUGCUGAGUUCAUAUGCAUAGACCAAGUUCCUGUCUACACUGUAGAAAAGCAUGGAUUCCAGCAAAUGCUUCAGCAGUUCAACCCCAGAUACCAGCUACCAAGCAGAAAUUACUUCAUGUAUACAGAGAUCCCCAAAUUAUACACUGAAACCAGAGACCACAUUUCAGAACAUCUCAAAGAAAAACCAUUUUAUGCCUACAUCUUUAUUAUAUAUCUAUUUUGUAAUUGCUUUUUUUUAUAUUAUGUGACUGUUGCCACUAUUGUUUUUUAUAAUGCUCAAAUGUUUAAAUAAAGGAAUUAAUGUUUAAGUAUUAUUUAUUUAGUUAUUUUUUUUACACACCAUGGUAUCGACUUUGGUAUCGAGUAUCGUGUAUUUUUGCUGGUAUCGGUACCAACUACUAGAUUUUUGGUAUUGUGACAUCCCCAGUGCAUAUAUUCCUGUUCUUUGUGAGCUAACUGAUAGUUUGGGUGUCUGAUGUCACCUCUUCUGUUCCCAGGUGCCUCACCCUUACCUUAGCUCCGCCCGUCAGUUCGCUUCUGCUCUGUACAGUCUCUUGCAAAAUGUCCAACUUUUCCGUAGUUGUAACAGUUUAAUCCUGGUCCAUAGCCCUGGCAGCCGGGUCUGCGUGCUUUUGGUCUUCCUCUCCUCUCCAUCUUUCUUCCCUUUCCCUCUCGUAGGAGCUUCUCCGCAUGGAUUGCAUACCUUUCCACUUGUGAGGUUUCCGGUGUCCCAGGUGAUACAUUGUUGUUUGACUAUAGCGGCAAUUUCUGGUUUCAUGCCAUUCAUAAAGCUGUUUCUGAGAUGUGCCUCCCAUGCUGUGACGGCUGCCUGCCCAUCUGCCAGUGCGUCGGGUUUCUCCAAGCCUGAGUUUGCAUCAUGGAUCUCAGUGAGCCUGAACAGGUGUAUAAUGGUGGCACGGGGGCUGAAGCGGAAACUCUGCGAUGAUGUCAGAGACCCAGGGUGGGAGAAUCAGCUGAAGUCUGUGUGGAACAUUUCUAUAGACAAGUACCAGCGCGAUCAGGCCCUUGUGGAGCCGAGCUUACUGCGCUCUGUUCUCAUUACUAACACACUCCGUCAGGCCAUAACACAUGUGGAGGCUGUUUCUGGAAUGGAGAACCCUAUGAAAAAAAUUCAAGCACAUCAUCCAGCAACAUGUUUCCGGCAGGAACCUGGCACGCCUUCUGGUUUCGAAGACAUGGAUGAUGAUGUCGUAGAGGAUCUGUCUUUAUCCACCACCAUUACCGCCAUCUUGAAGAAUCUGGAUACAGCUCUUGAUGGCAGCUCUGGCUCAUCUGCACCUCAGCGGUCACCGUUAGCCUCUGUGGAAAACCUUACAGUGGACAGGACCUUCAAAAGGAGUCCGAACAAAAGUUUGUCUAAUCACCUGCAGGACAGUGUUCUAGAUGAUUUGUUACUGGACUUGGAUACUUCUAUAUGUGAAGUGGAGAUGACCGAUCAUACUUUUGAUCUAUCUGCUGAUGAAUUUGUGAAAUAUUUACCAUGUGUGCCCUGCUUAGGGAAUGAAAUAGGGUUUUUACACUCCAUGUAGUGCACUGCAGUUCCAGUAAGGAUUUGGCAUUAAACUGUCUGUCUAUUUAUAUCACACAUUUGAAGGAGUGGCUCUAUGAGUACAAAUCAUAAUGUAUAAAAAUAAAUAAAUGCCUUCCACAUCUUGGGUAAGGAGCGAUUUGGCAUUCAGCUCCCUACUCCUUAUAUUUAUAUCACAUAGAGUAUGAAUGCCUAUUACUACAUCCUGUUUAGUGUCCAAUAGGAAGACAUUGCUCUCGAUAAGUCCAAUACACAAUAUGUUACACGUGAUGUGAAUUUUGGCCUCAUUGUUUUACAUGUAUAAUGAAAUGAGGCUCAUUUGCAGUAUUUAGUGUGCCAUAUGUCAAUUGGGGAACUAUUUGCAAUUCACAUGUGCAAUUUAUAUAUAAGUACACUACAUAGGGUAUGAAUAAUAGCUACUAAACUCUGUAAUGCACUCCUUGUUUAUGUAGUUCACUCUGUCAAGUAGAGAGUCAAGUCUUGGUAUGUGUACUACAUAGGGUUCUCAAACUUUUUCAACAUGAAGUCCCCCUUGUGUAGGGUGCAUUCCUUUGUGGCCCCCUAGAGUCGUCAAAUGUGGUUUUUUUUCACGCUAGGCUCUUCUGUAUCAGCUUUCUCAACAAAGAGACUACGUCCUCUAUCUAAAAACGUGUCCAUUUUAAAUAGUCUUUAAAUAGGUUUUUAUCAGCGUGUGGUUAACAGUACUGUACACUAGUAUAUGAAUGGAUGUCUCUGUUUGGUGUGUGUCUUAGUGUUCUGUGUAUAACUGAUUUAAUUUAUUAAUAGCUCUAAUUUUUAUGUACAUCAUAGUUCAAAGGUUGACAAUCCUGACUUACAUAUAGGUCAAAUUUAAAAAAAUUCUUUGUGCCCCCAGUUUGAGAACCACUGCUCUAUCCACUGUCUUAUGACCAGUUACUACCUAUAUAAGUGCAUUAUUUAAAGUAUAUUUAAUAUUUGAACUGUAAUUAAUGUAAAUGAAUAAAUUGGUCUUUGUAUAGUUGAGAGUUCUACACAGAACCUUUCCCCAGCCUUAAGGUUUCUAUAUUUUACUUCUCUUUCAGUUUUUAUUUCCCCAGGUAUGUAUAGGGAGCCAGUGUUUCUACCUAUAUGUAUAUCCCAUCCAGCUCUUUGUCUUUCUCUUUGAGAUGAUUGAUUAGAUACAAACCUCUGUCUGUUUUUAAAACUAUAGAAAUGCUGAAUAUAAAAAAGGUAAUACUUAUCCUCAUUAGAAAUUUUAAAGAUUAAAAGGGUGGCAUGGUGGCACAGUGGGCAGCAUUGCCACAUCACAGCUCCAGGCUGUCUGUAUCGACUCGAGCCUGUUUGGACUUUCUGUGCAUGUUCUCCCCAUGUUCAUGUGGGUUUGCACCUCCUAAAAACAUGCCAGUAGGUGGGCUGGCCCUGUUAAAUUGCCCAUAUGUGUGAAUAAGUGUGUGCACAAUGCCUUGCAAUGAACCGGCAUCUAAUCCAGGGUUUAAGGCCACCUCAUGACCAGUGUUCCAAGGUUUUCGCUCUGGAUCCACUAGUGAGUGAAAUUUUUUUUGGGCGGGGGGGGCUUCUACAGUGCACUGUCUAAUCUAUACUGAGAUGGGUGCCUUGUAGUGCCGCAGGGUGGCAUGUUGGAGCAGCUCAAGGGUCUCCGGUUCAGUUCCUGAGCUCAUGUUACUGUCUGUGCAGUUUUGUAUGUUCUCCUGUAUCUGUGUGGGUUUCCUAUAGGUUCUCUGAUUUCCUCCUCUCAAAAUCACGAGUCAAGAUCAAGAUUGAUGAAUGAAAGUAAUGCCUCAAUCAUGUUAAAGGCGCCUCUUGCAGAGAACAUGCCUUACUAAUAUCAGGCAAAGUUUAUAGGACAAAUUAAAAUGAAACAUAUCUGUAAUGAAAGCCAUAUAACAUUGGUUAGACUGUAACACCUUUUUAUAUGUUUUGAAAAAUAUAAUGUUUGUAAAUACCUCAUGUGACUGAUUCGCUUCAUUAAUCAUUCUGUUUUAAAGUGAUGUGUCGGCCAAAAAUGAAGCGUAACCAUGUUUUGGUGUUUGAAGUUUGCUUCUUUAGUUUUGCCAUGAAGCUUUGAGGCUAAUGUAGCUAAUGGGUAAUGGAACAGUAUAGUCUCCUAUUUAGCACUGUGCAAACUGUAUGCCUGAAAUGUGUUUAGUUUUUUCCCACCUAUUUAUAAAAACUUUCAUCAUCUAGUAUUAUUACAUUGCACUUGUGAAUUAUUGUUUUUUUUGUUUUUUCUUUUACACAAAUCCAGGUGGACAAAAAUCACAACUGUUACAAGUUUGGGUUAAUGCAACACUGUUCAUUCAUUACUGUAAAAAUUAAGGAAAAAUCCACUACGAAUGACUUGUAUAAUCUGUGGUCCAAAAUAUGUAUUUUUAUGAUUAAAUUCUGAGUUGACUUUU